UAAGGUACAAAUAUACAGCAAAACUCACUCAAGUACAAUAAAAUUUUUUACAGAUUUCGCUACCUCAAACUUACACUUCACCAAAUACAGAGUUAAAAUCGAUUUAGUGAUACAAACCGUGGUCUUGAAACAUAACAGGAUUUGCAUUUGUUUUUUGUAAGGAUUUCAAACAGAAGUAAAACUUCAUUCCAAAGACCUUGCCAAUUGCCACAACUUUCCCCCAAAUAUAGUCCAGUGUCCUCACUACAUCUCCAUUCUGAUUUGAAUACCCUCAUUUCGCGUUAUUGUUUGGCAAACACAUGUAAAGCUCUUCUCCCCACUCCAUUCCCAACAUCUCCAGAAUGUAUAAACCAUUACGAAGUAAAAUAAUAGAGUUGUCUGUCUAUGAUAGAUGUGGGGCAAUAAUCAUAUAGGUUGAUAGAGACAAAGAUGUUCCCAUUGAAUUAAGUUUGGAUGUUGCAGAGAAAAAAAAAGUUCUGCUUAGAGCUAUACUUAGAAAAACCAAGGUCGCCAAGCGCGGUGGUGGUGUGCCAUUCCUUCCGGCUACACGCACUCCAGCAACCCUAGAUUUUCCUUGGAAACGCAGCAGCAAGAAACAUCAAACACACAUCGAUCGGCGCCUUUGCGCGUUCGUCGUGCAUGCGAUCCAUGGGUCGUCGUCGCCUCGGCACCGCGGCGCUCGUGGCCCUCGUCGUGGCUUGCCUCCUGUACUGCGGCGCGGCGGCCGCCGGCGCCGGGCCGACGACGACGGACCUCGGCGGGGCGCCGCUGCUGCGGGCGGCGCCGUGCGACGGGACGCUGGGGCAGGGCGCGGUGGGGAGCGAGGAGGAGCAGGAGGUGGGCGGUGGCGGCGACGCGCUCCUACGGCGGGCGCUGGCGGCGCGGCAGCCGACCAACCGGUACAUCAGCUUGUGCAGGUCGCCCACCUCCAUCGCCGCCCCGCCGAUGGAGGGCAGCCCGACGCGGUCCUCCACGGUCGGGGUCGGUUUUCUGCGAUACGGAGCUGCGAUACAUAUACGGAGUUACGGAGAUGACGCGCGAGGCUGAGGACGGAGAGUAGGGCGGAGAGUAGAGAUGUAAGGUCGUGAUCAUACUUUUAAUCUGGGCCGUCUAAUUUGUAUGACAUGUGUUGUAAGUCGUUGAUCUUGUAGGUGGGAUUUGUGUGGAGAAGAUUUCAAUUAUAGUAGAGAUGAGUAUAUACACAUACUUUUUUUGACAAAUGAGUAUAUGUAUACAUAGAUACAUGGAAGUAUCCUUGUAUAUGUAGAUACCUUUUCUUGGCAUACAUUAUUGCGAGCAUAUUAUUUACUACUAGUAUUUUAUCUCUCAGCUUGGAUUUGGUCGCUGAUGCACCGAAUGCUUCGUGAUCAUUGCAGCGAUCAACUAUGGACACGUGGACCGACCGACGAUGCAGGUGAUGCGCAAACGUAGCUUACUCGACGAGAUGCAAUCUGCUACCUGGUUCAUAAAGAAUACAAAAUCACACAGAAUUACUCUCAUGAUCCAAUGACGUAACUGAAUGGAGAUUAGAUGCAUAUUGUUAAUUUUUGGACAUGUACGCUAGCUGUGGCAGAUCUGAUUCAUUUACCUGCUUUGCCGGUGGCAAGUUGGUGCCGUCGGAGAGAUGCCAGCCUUGUAAACAUCGAACUGCCCGGUGAUGAAAAAAAGAACAGGUUUUGCCCUUUCUCAGAUUUAAUCUGCAUCAGAAAAUUGACAUUGCCC